AUGGAUGUUCUUUUGCAUGAAUUAGUGCCUCGCACAGAAGACCAUGGACACUCUCGUGGCAAGCGAGCUCUUGUUGUCACAGCCGUUCUUACCUCACUGGCCGGUCUAGUCGUUUGCAUGCGAUUUUAUGCACGGAUCGGGUUGAUGAAGAACACUGGCCGUGAAGAUUGGGCUGUUUUGGGCGCAUUAACACUAUCAGUUGUAUACUGCGGUCUUGUUGGUGCCCAAUUCCACUUUGGCAUGGGAACUCAUGAUACAUAUCUCCCGACACAUAUUCUGCGCGAACAAUUGAAGUGUCUCUGGGCCGCUAUCCCAAUAUACAACGCCAGUCUCUGUUGCACUAAAUUCUCCAUCCUCUUCCAAUACCUUCGCAUCUUCCCCGCUCGCUGGUUCCGCAAUGCCUGCUAUAUCAUGAUGGCAAUUGUGGCUACAUACUCAACCUGGGCUGUUGUCAGUGGUUUCUUAAACUGCGUUCCUGUCAGCAGAUUCUGGGAUCGCACUGUGUCAGGAUAUUGUCUCAACUUUGAUGCUGUUUGGUUCUUCAACGCCUCGAUGAAUAUCGCAACAGACGUGACGCUUUUGCUGCUCCCUAUGCCACUGCUUUCCCAACUGCAGCUUCCACGGCUACAAAAGAUUGCGCUGAUGUGUGUCUUCGCGAUCGGUAUCCUGGUCGUCAUUACUAGCAUUCUCCGACUCUCAAGCCUUCGAACUGUUGCCAGUAGCCCGGAUACAUCUUACGCUAACGUCGGCGCUUCCUACUGGACAGCAGCCGAAUGCAACGUCGCUAUUAUCUGCUCUUGUCUCCCAUUCCUGCGCCCUAUUGUCAGCAAGUUCUUCCCUAAGCUGCUGUCCACAAACAGCUACAACAAUAAUUACACUGGCAACGAUCACACGGGAACAAACAGAUAUACGAACAGAUUUGCCAGUCACCGCUCAGCUCGGCAGCAGAGCCAGUUGUUUAGUCGGACGGACGAGAGAGAUUACGAUAUCUAUUCCAUCAACGUGAAGCCAGGUGAUAGAUCCAGUCGAAGCUCACUCGGUGGUAUUGAGGUUACCACUGAGAUGACGGUCAUGCAGGAUACUGUCAAGCAUGAUGAAAACGUUAGCGAGAGGAGAUUGGUUAUUCAUUCUUCUGGAUGA